AUGCAUUCUAUUCCCUAUCAACCAAGAGGUAGUCAAGACAAGAAGCCUAGCUUGGAAGAGUUGAUGACGAAGUUCAUUGCAACUUUAGAGAACAGAUUUCAACAAACGGACACUGCAAUUCGGAAUCAAAAAGCUUCAAUUCAGAACUUGGAAAAUCAAAUUCUGCAGUUGUCUAGGAUGAUGGCUGAGAGGCAGCCGGGCACGCUUCCAAGUAACACAGAGUCUAAUCCAAGGGAGCAUGCCAAAGCAAUUACUUUAAGAUUAGGUAAGGAACUUCCUAGUCCAUCUAUGCCUUUUACUAAUGAUGAUUCUGAUGUGCAGGUGGAUGAGUCGAAAAAGGAAGACAAGCCUGAGGAGAAAGGAAAGGAAGCAGUUGAAGAGAAGGAGGAUUCGAAGAAGAUCCUCUUGAGGCCAUACCAACGCCCCAUUCCAUAUCCUACAAAACUCAAUCAAGAUAAAGUUGAUCAGCAAUUCGCUAUUUCGCAGAUGCUAAAGUAUGCAAAGUUUUUAAAGGAGAUUCUAAGUAACAAGAGGAAGUUAGAAGAUUUAGGAUUGGUGACCUGGAAUGCAGAAUGCUCAGCAGUGUUUCAGAGCAAGAUUCCAGUCAAACGAUGUGACCUAGGGAGUUUUACUAUACCUUAUUUCAUUGGGGAUAAAUUGAAAUUGCUGGCAUUAGCUGAUUUGGGAGCUAGCAUCAAUUUGAUGCCUAGCUCAUUGUUUGAGGAGUUAAGACUAAGCACUUCUAAGCUAACUUCUACUAGGAUAAGUAUACAACUAGCAGAUAGAACUGUUAAGUACCCGAAAGGGGUUAUAGAGGAUGUGCUAGUUAAAGUUGACAAAUUUAUAUUUCUUGUGGAUUUUGUUGUCAUGGAUAUGAAUGGUGAGAGUGAUGUUCCAUUGAUCCUAGGUAGACCAUUUUUAGCUACAUCUAGAGCUUUGAUAGAUGUUAGUAGUAGAAAACUGGAACUUAGCGUAGAUGAUGAGAGCAUUACAUUUUAUUUGACUAAAUCCUUGAGACACCCUUAUGAGCACGAUGGUACUGUGUGUUCGAUUGAUUUUAUUGAUGAUAUUGUGGAGUCUCAAUUGCAGGAAAUGUUGAUUGAUGAUCCUUUGCAAGUGGCAAUGCAAGAAAAUGAGGAUAAUUUGUCCAAUGAACUAGUGUUGGAGCAGCUAGAGCACUUAUUAGCUGCUGAUUUUAAUGAUGAAAAGACUGAUGGUUUUGUUGAUCAUGACAGUUUAGGAGUAAAGAAGCUGAAGCCUUCUUUGGAGGAACCACCCGUUCUUGAGUUGAAAGAGUUGCUAGCGCACUUAAUGUAUGCCUACUUAGAUGAAGUAAAGCACUUACCGAUCAUUAUUUCCGCUCAUCUUACACUUGAGGAGAGGGAGAUGAUGCUGUGUAUUUUGAGAAGGUAUGCAAAGGCAUUUGCAUAUAAGACGGCUAACAUACCAGGGAUAAAUCCGAGUUACUACCUUCAUAAGAUUUUGAUGGAGGAUGAGUUUAAACCGGUGGUGCAGCCAUAA